UCUAUCUUCUUCGUCCUCAUUCGUUUUAAAGCAUCAAAAUUUUCAUCAAACCAAAAAAAAAAAAAGGACAUUGAAAUCUGUGUAGCUUUCGCAUGUAAAUCUCUCCUUGAAGGUUUACAACUUGCUUAUCGUAACUCACACUGACUCGUCCGAGUCAAAGUCUCUGUUUUUUUUUUGUUUAACUCAAACCAUGGCUGGUAACAACCCUCACGAGAACCUUUCUGACCAAACUCCUUCUGAUGAUUUCUUCGAGCAAAUCCUCGGUCUUCCUAACUUCUCAGCCUCAGCUGGAGCUGGUUUAUCUGGAGUUGACGGCGGAUUAGGUGGCGGAGCACCGCCGAUGAUGUUGCAGUUGGGUUCUGGGGACGAAGGAAGUCAUAUGGGUGGCUUAGGAGGAAGUGGGCCAACUGGGUUUCACAAUCAGAUGUUUCCUCUGGGGUUAAGUCUUGAUCAAGGGAAAGGACCUGGCUUUCUCAGACCUGAAGGUGGACAUGGAAGUGGGAAACGAUUCUCAGAUGAUGUUGUUGAUAAUCGAUGUUCUUCUAUGAAACCUGUUUUCCACGGGCAGCCAAUGCAACAGCCAGCUCCAUCGGCGCCACAUCAGCCUACCUCAAUCCGUCCUAGGGUUCGAGCUAGGCGUGGUCAGGCUACUGAUCCACAUAGCAUCGCUGAGCGGCUACGUAGAGAAAGAAUAGCAGAACGGAUCAGGGCACUGCAGGAGCUUGUACCUACUGUGAACAAGACCGAUAGAGCUGCGAUGAUCGAUGAGAUUGUCGAUUAUGUCAAGUUUCUCAGGCUCCAAGUUAAGGUUUUGAGCAUGAGCCGACUUGGUGGAGCUGGUGCGGUUGCUCCACUUGUUACUGAUAUGCCUCUUUCAUCAUCAGUUGAGGAUGAAACGGGUGACGGUGGAAGAGCUCCGCAACCCGCGUGGGAGAAAUGGUCUAACGAUGGGACCGAACGUCAAGUGGCUAAAUUGAUGGAAGAAAAUGUUGGAGCGGCCAUGCAGCUUCUUCAGUCAAAGGCUCUUUGUAUGAUGCCUAUCUCAUUGGCAAUGGCGAUUUACCAUUCUCAGCCUCCGGAUACAUCUUCAGUGGUGAAGCCUGAGACAAAUCCUCCACAGUAGGAUUUGUGCAAAAAAAAAAUGAGUUUGUACAGCAAUCCAACGGUCCAACAUGGCAUUUGCUUCUGCUCUAAUGACUAUGGUUUUCUUGUCCCGCUCUCACACCCACUUGUUUCGUCUGAUGGAAAGGUAAAAACCAACAAAGUGAAAAAGGCUUUGUAGAUGGAAUCAAUGUAGGAUUUGCAGUAGAGGGAAACAAAUUGUCAAAAAGCUCACUUGAUUAAAAUAUUGGAGAUUGUUAUCAUUUUACCUUUAUUUUUUAGGUGGACUUUGAUGAAAGCAACUUUUUUGUUUUCAAGAUUUUUAGUGGGAUGUUGAAGAAUGAGCUUGAAGGCGACUA